GAUUUGGGACUCCAGGGAUCGUCACUCAAUGACAUUUUGUACAAGAACGCAGCUUUUCUCAACCUGGUGGACCCCAUUUCUCACGAGCUGCUGCUCAGUCUCGCCCGCGACCUGCAGUGCCCGAAAAGGGAGACUGACUCGUUCAAGUCCACCACCAAGAUCUGCCGGCAGCUGAUUUACCAUCUGACCCCUCACUCCAAGUGGACGAGACAGAGCGUGCCCAGGAGGAAGUCUCAGGCCUGUCUGAAGACCACCCUGAAGAAGAAGGUUACCGGUGACCUGGUCAACCUGUCAGGCAUCCCGCUGUCCGGCCGAGACGUCCACCGCGUGGCCUUCUACCUGCAGAGCAGCAGCGAGGCGGUGUCCACAGUGGACCUGAGCUUCACCGAGCUGCGGGACGAGAGCUUACGGCUGCUGCUGCCCAACCUCGGCUGCCUGCCAAAACUCGCCAUACUGGCCAUGAAUGGCAACCGCCUGACGAUGGCCAUCCUGAAAGACCUGACGGAUGCAGUGAAGGAUCCCAAGAAGUUCCCCAGCCUGGCCUGGGUGGACCUGGGCAACAACGUAGACAUCUUCACCGUGCCGCAGCCGCUGCUCGUGGCUCUGCGGCGCCGCUUCGGUUUACGCAGCAGCCUCCCGACCAUUUAUGAGUACAGGGAGGCGCAGACGUUCAGCGGAUACAACCCGAACUUGGAGACGUCAGUGGAGGAGCCCAGUCUGUACGAGGAGGGCGAUGGAGAGGAGGAGGAGAAAGAGGAGGAGGAGGACAGGCUGGAGCUACGAGCAUGGGCAUGUGGAGAAGGAAAUACGUCAAAGAAUGUGCCGCUGCACUUCAGUGGGAGGUGAUCGCCAUGCAGCUGCUUUCUUUAGACUGGCUGCUCCUUACAUCCCUCAGAAUCACCUCUGUUAGCAGCUGUCAUUGUGGCAGAUGCUUACCACUUGUUUCCUAAAGUAACUUUCAAAUAAAUAGCUGUGUUGUGUCCGUAUGGAUGCUCCGACUAUUGAAACUCUACAAUGUGAUGCAGGCAGCUCUGUGGUCGUACAACGUUUUUAUUUAUAAAGUUUAACUGAACAUGUUUGCUGGUUCCCGGUGCUUUAUGUACGCACAUCUUGAUGCUCCCCGUUAUAUUCCACUCAGCUGAGGGUUAAGUGCCUUGCACAAUGGCAACACAACAGGAGAGGUUGAGGAAGGAUGGGGGGGGGGGGUUAACCCAGCUGGUCUCUCUUCAUCGCUGCUUCCCUAUUUCUGUGAAAAAAGUCUGAAUAUCUUACUUACAACAUUUUUGCUCUGAUGUGUAUGCUUUUUGACAGAACUCAACUGAAAGGAGAUUAUGCUCACAUUAAAUAUGCGUCCAGUUUUCUUCUGUUGAUAGUCGUUAUUCAGACAUAUAUGAUGAGUUAUAGUGAGUAAAUGACACAUACUGAAUCCAUUUUUAUUUAAACGUCCAGGGUUGAAGCUGAAGGAGUGUUUGAUGAACUGGUUCCUGCCUCCAUCAGUUCUUGUUAGUCCCCUUUAAUCACAGAUGGCCAGAACAAGAUCUAUUUUUUCUCAGUAAAUAGGACUAGCCCUAGAUAAUUUGGUCCACUUGUGGUUUGUGAAUGAGUCUAUUUAUGAAUCGGACGAUAAGCACGGAGAAAUAAGCCCACUCUGUUUUUAAAGCCGAACAGACAAUGAAACAGUUACUAACACCUCUGCUUUUAUCUUCUGUGUUGCUACAUACAUUUGUUUUGAGUAAAUGGGCAUGACCAUUAGUGUCAACUUCAGAUCCCACAGACAGAGAGCAUGUUUACAUUAAUGUUCCAAUAAGUGUGAUUUAUUUAUUUGGGGGGGAUUUGAUCAAAAAUGGUCGCAUGAAAACACAACUUCCCACACUUAAUCCUGCCUACAGAUGUUAAUGUGGUCGGUUCUCUUUCCAUGCUAUUAUUCAGGAAAAUAUGAUAAUUUAUGUUUACAGGGAUGUUAAUUAAGUACGUGUGUGUGUGUGUGUGUGUGUGUGUGUGUGUGUGUGUGUGUGUGUGUGUGUGUGUGUGUGUGUGUGUGUGUGUGUGUGUGUGUGUGUGUAAUUAGUGUUUUCCAGUGUGCAUGAAGUGUUGUGAACAUGCAGAGUAAAUUACUACCUUUGAUCGUAGAUAUUACAUUUGUACUUAUUUGCACUUUAAGGAUGACGUCCCUCAAUGCACAUGCUUUGUGUUCAAUGGGUUGUUGUUUGUGUAAAAAAGAAACUCACUGAGUCACCCACAUCAUAAUCAAACAUUUUAAUUUCAAUGUUUUGGUUUUAUAUAAUUCAUCAACCUACCUACAAAUCACUGACAUAAAAAAUUGAAAAUAUCAAUCGUAAAUGUAGUUAAUUAUGCCUUUGGCUCAUUAAACCAUGGCUCGCUUUUUGAAGUAAAAGUUAUGUCGACCUGCUGUUGCUUUCAGAAUAAACAUGAUUUGAAUCAAAUGUAUUUUCUGUGGAGUUUUUGUAAUUGGCCUGUCUGAAGAAUCCUUUUAGUGACACUGAAGUAAAAUGGUGUUAGACAGCAUAAAGAUAUUUGUAAUGAGUAAUCAUGUAACGAGGAAUUUCUACAAUUUCUUGUGAGAUACAAAAACUUUAAUAAGUGAAAAAGUUAAUGAGAGGAUAUAAUGACACAUCUGAAGAAUAAGCACGAUUAGCUUUGAUUAUUUAUCCAGUCAAUGAUUUGAUCCUUUGAGAUCAGAUCUUCAAAUUUCACCCAUUCUCCUGAAGAUGACAUAUUGUAAAGGUUUUGUUUGUACUCAAUGCCGUGAAUUGUUCCUCAAUUAUGUUUGUUAAAGAAGAUAAUGAGUGUUAAAUCAGUAAAACAGAUUAAAACUAUUAUUUAUUUUUUUAUUGAUCUCUUUUUGUGCUAUUUUUCUUUUUCUUAUGUUGGCUAUAGUAGAUACAGCUAAAUGAAAAUGGAAAAACUGUUGAACAAAAUGUGAACAUGUAUGUAUAAUGAAACUGAAUCUGAAAUAAUAAAAAAUAAAUCAGAUUAAAACAAGGGUUUUAAAGCUUUUACCCAAUGGACAUUUACAAUAAAAGAACAAC